GGCUGUGUCAAUACUUGGAUUUAGAGGAUGAACGACAUGGCGGAAAGAAUCAUAACGUGCUACUUCCACAUGCGCAUUGGCAGUCAUGGUGAUGCCACAUGCAUACUGAUUGGAUAUAUAUGUAGAGGUUUCCAGCGAUCUCACCAUCAAGAGGAUACUCUCUACCACUGGACGAGAAUGAUCAGGUGGUCUACUCAGCGAGUUCCGAGUAAAGCCCUUGAUCGGAGGAAAACUCACUACACUAGUGAAUACCAUCCGGAUUAGAUCCUGGAACGACGAACCACGACAAAACCGUACCAGGUCGCCCAGCCAGAUGGGCCUCCAUUUGAAGACAGCGGCCAUUUGCUGACUUAGGAGAAGUGGCGGAUGAGAGUUGGAUUCAAUUACUUUGAGGGAUUGACUCUGCAACGAUGUUAGCUUGACGGCCG